AGGUGAAUGUCGGUCCCAAAAUAACCGCGAUGGCGUCCAUGCAUCACGACGUCGCGAACUCUACCGACGCCUGAACUGGGCUUCUGAAAGCGUCAGUCAGUGCUAUGGCGGAUGAUCAUUCGCACGUGCCGCGCGCCAAAGCCCGAUCGGCCUCCAUAUGCGCCACCAGCCUCGAGACCAUCCCCCCGAUGGGGGCCAUCCCCAACGGGGGCACCCCGCAGAGCCGCCGCCGAAAGCCGGCCACGCGCUCGCAGAGCGCCCGCCUCAACAACAACCGCUCCAUAAAGCGGCGGACGUUGGCCUCAGCCAACCAAAUGGAAAUGAAGGGCCACUGUAACAGUGAACCCAAACUGACCGACCAAGCGGGGGUCACCCCCGAAGUCUCCCCCAAUAUCAAAAGGAAAGGCUCCGCAAGGAGAGGCACUUCGGUGUAUCACAGAAAAUCCACCGCUUUUCUAGACGUGCCCGACACACGUGCUGCCAGGGGAAACCCCGAAGAGGAAGACGAGGAUUCGUACAGAUUGAGGUCGUUUAGUUUCACUUCCAAAGGAAUAAUCAAUAGAGGAGAUUCGUUCAGACGGAGACGCUCAAGAAGUAAUAGUUUAUGUCCUGCCGUCGGAGGCGUCAUGCCUUCCCUUCUUCUGAACGAACCCGAGCAAACUGUUCCUGUUUGCAACUACGAUGUCGCAUUACUUGGAGCAAAUGGCGUAGGAAAAACUGCCCUAAUUAGCCAGUUUAUGACUUCAGAGUGUAUAAAUGCGUACGAUCGACAAAAAGAUUCACUGUCAGGAGCUCAGACUGUUUCGAUAAUGCUUAAUGGAGAAGAAUCCGAACUGACGUUUCAAAAUCUUUCCAGUACGAAGGAAAUAGACAAGUCACAUCCACCUGAUGCAUUUGUAAUGCUUUAUUCCGUCGUAGAUAAGGCUAGUUUUUUAAAGGCCGAAAUAGAACUGACCAAACUUCAAGAUGCCGACCUUUUGAGAUCACGAUCCGUUAUUUUAGUUGGCAAUAAAAUUGACUUAGCAAGAAGUAGAGCCGUUUCUGCACAAGAUGGCAAAUGUCUGGCUUGCACCUUCCGGGCGAAAUUUAUCGAAAUCUCCGUGGGCAUAAAUCACAACGUGGACGAACUCCUCGUCGGAAUAUUAACCCAAAUUAGACUAAAAGCAGCAAGUGCCGAAGACAACGACCAUCAGCAGCAAUGGUACAAAAGCCGAGGUAUGAUGAAAGCUAGUAUGAAGGCAAGACAGAUGUUUACGUGGCUGUUUGGAAAAGAAGAUUCGAAAUUUAAAAAUUGUGAAAACCUCCAUAUACUCUAGCACUAGUUUCGUUUACGGUACUACAAUUAUUAAUCAAGGUGUUGUAGAUAAACACACAAGUCUUAUUCUUGGACAUUACUUCAAAUUUAUACAUCAAUAACUACAUCAAACAGCUCUUUGCGUUUUGUUUAUGGCUGCGGUUUACUCAAAAUGUGGGCUAGGGCCAAGACAAGAUUUGCGUGUUUAUAUUAUUAACGCACUGCUUGUUCCAAGAAAGCAGCAAAUUGUCCAAUUUCUUGGAGACAAGCACCCAAUUUUACCAACGUUAGGUAAACAAUUCUUACAGCAGAUGAGCAAAUUUGUGAUAAAUAAGGCCUACCUUCAACCACACCCAAAUUCAUUUACAGUUAGCUAUCGUUGGUAAAGUGAGCCAUGAAGCAUAUCUCAAACAUUUGUAUUAAUGUUGAUUCGUUUAUGUUUAGUAUUUUCUCUGUGUGAUUAUAUUUUGUCACUGCUGACUGACUUUAGAUACAAUUAUUUAAACAGAUUACGUGUACUUCAUCAAGUAUAUCUAUAUUUAUAUGAAUUAUAUGUCCUGUAACAAAAAUGUGGGUAAGACUUCGCUUCGAAAGUAGGUAUAUUGUGUUAUCUAUAUCUUUGCAUGUCGUUAUCAUUUUUAUCGCAUUGAGGACGAGGAAACGUGAUCCUUGAGGGAAUUGAGGCGGGAGGAAAACUCAAAUCAAAACUGAACCAUAAAACAUUUCUUUCUGAAUGAAAAAGCACACUGGAAACUGCACUAAACAGAUGAUAAUCAUCCGUUUAUUGGCGCGCGACUAAUUUGAAAUAUUAAAGCAGUGAACCGAUUAACCAGUAGAUUGAACCCGGGAGAACCCCAAAACAAACUGUCGAGUAAGUUCAUUUAAUAGCUCGCUGAAGAUGUUAAGCAACUAAUUACUAUGCAAAUGCAAAAACUGGAAGAAAACUGUGGACAAAUUGAACCAUUUCACACCAGCACGUAAUUGUGUUUUGUGGCUACCACCCCAGCAAGGGAAAAUCGCCGUGAAAAUGGAUUAAAAUACGUAAAUACGCUUUGGGCAUUCCGGCAGCAGAACCGAUGAUUAUUUUAUAAAUUGUGAGAGGACGUGAAAUAGUUGCGGCCUGUGGCGUUACAAGGAUAUUUAAUAUUCGCGAGACUUAAUUAAAGUCGUAUUUAGCAAAGUUCACUCUCUUGAAAAGUUUGGAGUUGAAAUGCGCCUUGUGGACGUUUGUCCAUUAAAAUUGAGAAACUUGUACAAAUUAACAAACUGCGCGAAGCAUUUAAAUAAUCGAUCUGUUUACAAGGAAUGAAAAACGUUAAUUCUAUUAUCUAAGACUUGUUACACAACCUACGACAUCUUUCAAAACCGAGUCAACAAAGUUCAGGGCAAAUCUUUGUAUCAACAGACCCAAGUUCCGCUCCACAAUCUCGUAAUCAAUAUGAACCUGUGGCAAAUUUUGUCGCAACUGAAAAUACAAUACUGUUCUCCUGUGGAGACAUGUCACAAAAAAUAUUCCGACAAAUGAGUACCAAGGUAAGAAAGUUACAUAUUCUCUCUCGAAUGAGCACUAAUUGAGCGAAAGAAAGAAAAUAUUUAUGCUUUGGGGAAAAAAUUGUCUUUCUUUAUUUUUCAAAGGCGCAUAUUGGAAAUAAAAGAAAAAUUACUCAGGAUAAAAAAAUUGUUACAGUUUGGCUUAAAAUAAUCGCGUCAAAACUACAGCGUUUUUAAUUUGCGCCGUUACAUAACGAACAGAUGCGUGCUGUGGGUACUUGGUUCAAAAAUAUAUUUUCUAACGAAAUUUUAAAAUCUAGAUCCGCAAAUAAACUGCCACGUUUGAUUAUAAACAAAGCCAUAAUAAUACGAUAAGUGUGGGCAAAGAGUGAUUGAAAAAAUUAAAAUUCCAUCUGGAACAGCCCUAAUAAUUUAUCAUGCUUAUCGGGCAAAUAAAUAACUUGUUUUGUACAGUAAUUGACUCUUAUUAAAGUAGUAAUGGAUUCUAUGAUUAAAUACUAAUUAAAAACCUAUAGAAAUAAAAACAAAACAAAAAAUCAUGUCCUUUAACACUUACGGGUGGUGUAGGUAUAAUUUGGGAACAACGACCUAUAAUUACUUGUAAGCACGCAAGAAAAAAUAUGUUUAUAUUUGUAUAUUAAAAACAAGUCAAUGAACCGUAUUUUAAAUUUUAUUCGGGCGAAGAAUCAAAUUAAAUUAGUGUUCAAACCAUUUCUCAAAGCAAACAUUUUUCAGAGAAGUGAUUUUUGUAAUAAACUUCUGAAAUCGUAAUUUCUUACAACAUUUCGAUAGGCAACCAACAUUACAGGCCUUGUAGGUCUGCAGGCAAAAAAUAGUACUUUAGGGACUACUUCGUUCAGUUAAAAAUGUUUUAUGGGAGUUGCAAUCAUGGCCUAAUACUUGCAAACUUUCAAAAACUCAAAUAGUUGCCGAGGACCCAUUUAAAUGUGAUGUACGAACUACGUAGUACUAUUUCUUAUAUUUAGGAUAAACCUUAAACAACUGUCUUCCUCCUGCACACUUUUUAGUAUUGUUAACCUUUAGGUACAUAUUUACAUUUCUUACAUAAAAGAACUGUGUACUAUACAACUUUAUUACUUGUUUUUUGUACAAUUUUUCCUAUACUUUUGACAAUAAUAACUGUAUGUUGUAUAAAUAAAUAUAUUUCUUUGA